CACAAGGCACCCCUGUCUGGAAUCCAAGAAAGUAAAACUACCUGGACUUCCACCUAGAAUUAAUUAUCAAUAAAACGUAAAGUGAGGCUUUUUUUAAAAUUUUGUUUUAACAAUAAGUGUUGUAUGAUCAUAAUGCAGAAUUGCUGAACAGUCUGAAGAUGAUUUGAUGAAAAAGGAAAUGGGACCUGCAACAGAGUCUUUAAUUCUAAAUGGUAAUAAACUACUGCUGGUGGCACAGAAGCUCUCAAUUGAACCUCAGUUUCAAGAACACAGAGAAGAGCUAAUCGUCGUCACUCAGAAUAUCUUACUGGACACCCAAAAGAUCCUCUUAUUAGAAGAUGAUGCAAUGAUUCGAAGAAUAGUCAGAGCUGCCCAUCAUCUUCUGGAGAGUCUCAUUCAGAUUGAAUCAGCCAGAGAUGUAACGACUUUGUCAAAGCUACUAAAUGAAUUCUCAAAGUCUUUAAUUCUCUUAAAUGAUUUAUUAAACAGUCGUGUUUCUGAUCUCAUUGAUCACAUGAAGCAGAUGCAUUUAACCAACUUUUCUGCAAGACUUAAAAAAUGCAUCUCCAUGUUAUAUACAGCCACACACGGCUGCAUUAAACAUCCACAAGAUCCAGAAAUGCAAGCUGCUAAAAAAUACAUAACGUAUCAAAUCCAGACUGCCAUCUUCAGCAUAAUUUCAUUUAUCAACACAGAUUCAAGUCCUCAAAACAAGGCAGGAUUUUACACACAAACAAUAAAUGUUCUCUGCCAGUUGUUGUCCAGGCAAAUAUUGUCCCCAAUAAAAGACUGCCAUUUUGAUAUUUUAGUAAGAAACCUUGUCUUUCAGUGUAUGGGACUGGCAAGUGCCUCAAGAGAACAAAGUCAGCUCACUCUUGUUCAACACUGUCAGCGAUUAUUGCAACACAGAGCAAAAAUAAUGAUUCAGAUAAAACUGUUAGAAAAUAAUGCUGAUACGAAUAUCCAAGAGAGCUUAUAUAACCACUACAAAGCCAUGAAACAUGAACUGAUGAACCUGAAAAGAAGUAUGGGAACAGCUGUCAUCUAUCAGAUCCUAGAUGCUUUUAAAUAUAUUGAAGAGCCUUUAAAUGAGCUUCUUCGGUCUGUUAUAGCACAAUCUCCAGAUGCAAAAAGCUUCAACAAAAAGACAGACUUUCAUUUAUGUCAAGAGUCAUUCCACAGUCAUGCCAACCGAAUUCUACAAGUAGCAGGAAGUGUUUUAGCAAUUUCUGAUGAUAUUAAGAAUAUCCAGGAUAUCGAGUCAUCAAUUGUUUGUCUAAACCAGCGAAAGGAUGAUAUAAUUGUCUGUCUGUCAGCAUUAGGCACAAAUUCAUUUUGUUCAGACUUUUUGCAAAAGCUGGAUACUCUCUCUCAGCAAUGGAAUGAUGAAACGAAACAACUGAAACGCAGUAUUUACAACAUUUUUGACAUCAGGGAAAUUAUUGACCUUUCAGUGAGCGAACUAACAAAUGUGAAAAGUCAAUGUGAGGAGGCAUUUAAGUGUAAGGAUGUUCAGCUGCUCCACAAACAGACAACACUUCUCAUCAGGCAUGUUGAUCACAUGAUUGAGGCUAUUAAAGGGUAUAUUGAUAAAAGCAAUGACCCUAUUUUUCGAAAUGGGUUGCUGGUUCUUCUUAAACAAGUGGAAAUACUUAUGUAUUCAGUUAACCAGAAUACUCAUAACUGUUUAGAAAAUAUGUCAAAUCCGCACAAGUUGGAAACCUUUUCUGAAAAGAUUCUUCAGCUGAUCAAAUCAAUUCACAUUCUCAGGAAUGGUUUAGAUGGUGCUAACCAUCCUGAUAUUCUUAGCCCUUUGAGAGAUGAUAUUCGGCUACUUAAGAGCUCAAAGAUGACUUCUUUUGGGGAAAGAAAAUCUGUUCUGAAUAGUGAACAAAGAACUGCCCAACAGACGACAUAUUCACAGAGGUUUCAGACAAUUUCAGGCAAAGAACACUGCCUGCUUAAACUGAACCAGAUCUUUCCUGAACAUUUAGAGGGUGCACAAUCCAAACAAGACAUUGAUUUUUUACCUUUGAUACAUACCAUAUUUGUAGCAAUACAGAAGAAAUCUUGGCAUGAACUACAAACUGCAUGUAUUCAUUUUCAGGAGUGUUCCAGUUGUUAUACUGAAGCAGCUAAGGAAGCAAUUGCUUUAACUGAGGGAUUGGAAAAAGAAAAACUGCAGCUUCUAAGAUCCAAACUAUUGUUUGCAUUGCCUGAGCUUGUAAAGUGCGCCCAAGAGAUAACAAUCAACCCUGGAUUGGACAUUUGCAGGAUUUACAUGCAAGCUACUUUAUGUUCUGAUUUGAUCAGUGAAAUAAAAAAAAUACUUCUGUGCACUUUUGGUGGUUGGCAUUAUGCCAUUUGCACUGCAAUAGUUAAUAGAUCAGAAGGAUGUGCUGGUCAAGUCCUGGAAGAUAUCAAAGAAAUAAUGUUAUCUUUUUCUGAAAUUACAGAAUCAAUAUGUUCAAAUAUGUUUUCUAUAACUGGGUCAAAACUAACUCAAAAAUGUGCUGUAAACAUGCAAUUAAGUCUUAAAAAGGCCCAAAUCAAUUAUGACCUAUUGUGCACUAAAGUGAAAACUUCCCUGAAAGAUCCAUCUUGCCUCAAAGCAAAAUGUGAUGCCUUUUCUGUUUUAUGGUGUGUUUCUAUCAAAGUACUCCUUAUCGAAAUUGAUUGCUUAUUAGUGGGAGAAAUGGUGCCAAUACUGCAAAAGACAAUAAUGCAAGAGUUUUUUUGCCAUAAAACACUAAGGACAAUUUCUGAAAACUCUCUUCGAAUUCACCAUGCUGCCAAGUUAUCAAUCUUUUGCUGUAAAGACAACAUUUUAAAUAAAACUAUUCAAAAUCUUCAAGAAGAAGUUAAUAUUUACACUGAAGACUUCAUACAGCUAGCACAGACCAUUACUGCCACACCUACGUUUAGUAUAAAAGUACUUGCUAAAGCAGAAAUACUUCAGAGGCAGCUUGCUUUAAAAACACAAAAGCUGACUACACUAACUGGAACAGUAAAUUCCCAGUAUAUUGACUCAAUCAGAGAUGUAGUCUAUCUGGCAUAUGCACGCUCAAAUACACCAAGCAACAGUGAAGAAACAAGGGAUGAAUUUGAAAAAGCUGCAUCUGUUUUCAUGAAACGUAUAAUGACAGUGCAAGAGAAUAUAAAAGUUAGCCUGUAUUAUAUUAAAAAUAAAAGGUUGCAGAGUAUUUUGAAUCUCACAACAGAGCAUUUAGUUCUAAUAACUUCAGAGAUAAUCAGUAAGUCAAGAACAGUAACAGACAAAACCUGUGUUACAGAUGUACAAAGACUUGAAAUUCUCAUACAGGAAUGGGGUGCAAAGGCUAAUUAUAUCCUUACACAUCUUCAAGCAAUAAAAGAGAUAAACAAGGAAACUACAAACCUAAUCAGACAAGACUUGUGUAGCAAGUCUAAAGUGGAAACUCAUUUUAAAUAUGCAAAUAUCCAGCAGCAGUCCGAGGCCAAAAUUACAAAUGCAGAGCAACACAACAAUCUGAAGCUGGACCAAAAAAAGUCUACAUUGCCAGUAGACCACACUGCUCAAGAGGCUGAAUCUAAAAAGGCCCACUGCUCGUCACACAGCAUACAAUCCCUUGCUGAGGCUGCCCUUUUUCUGAAAAGCACAACAGAAACCUGGGAAGAAGAAAACAAUCACAUUGUCCUAAUCAUUAAAGAUAUGAGUAACCAGAUGUACCACAUGACCCAGUUCUUGAAAAAGAAAGGACCUCUGAAGAACAAGGCAGAGCUAACCAUCGCAGCAAAACAGAUUGCUCAAUGUGGUGAAGCAAUUGGAAAAUUUACAUCCAUUAUAGCAGAUCACUCCCUUGACAGACACUGUGCAAAAGAAUUACAAUCUAUUGCAGACCAGAUUUACAAUACAGCCAGUCAACUAAAUAUCAUAUCCAGAGUGAAUGCAGCAACACCAGCCUGCAGUUCAUCGUAUGAGAUUAUAGUCAAGAAUGCACAAAAUAUGAUCAAAACAGUUCUACAGUCUCUAAAUGCAGUAGAAACGGCAUGCAUUAAGGGUCUCAAACAACCUCAUCCCAACACGGAUGAAGCCAAAGCUGCAUCUCUAUGCAUUCAAUGGAAAAGAAAAUUACACCAUCAUAGAGCUAAAGAGAUUUCAAAUCCAGAAACUGAUGAACUUGGUCUUCGGAAAAUAAAUUUAGGGAAAACUAUGCCCAGCAUAGCAACUACUAUUAAAAUGUUCAACUUAACAAGGUGAUCAUGGUCAAUUACUACAAUUGUCAGCAUACAUUGAAAUAAAAUACAAAAAUAGAUGCCAUCUGAACAUAUUUAUAUUUUUGUGGUAAAUGAUAUAAUAAUAAAGUCACUCAUCUUUAAAUGGAAAGAAAAAAAGUAUGAUAAAAUGAUAUACACACACACAGUCCUCCCCAUAAUUACUGGCACCCCUGGUAAAGAUGAGUAAAAUGGGUUGUAAAAAAAAAAUAAAUCACCUUUUAAUAAUAAUACUUUUAAAAUAAUUUUUUGCAUUUAUAUAGUGCUUUUCUCACUACUCAAAGUGCUUAACAAUUGCAGGUUAAGGGUCUUGCUCAAGGGCCCAACAGAGCAGAGUCCCUUUUGGCAUGUUACGGGAUUCGAACCAGCAACCUUCUGAUUGCCAGUGCAGAUCCCUAGCCUCACAGCCACCACUCCGCCUUUAAAAGAAUUACCUUAAACUCGCACUGAAAAAUGACAGAAAUCAAACCUUUAAGUGAAGUAAAAUUAUUCUGAGAAAAAAUAAUCCCUCAUCAAGGAAAACCACACAUGCUACAAUUAUUGACACCUCUACAAAUUCUUAUGAACAAUGUUUCACUGAAGCAUUUUUCCAUUUAUGUCUAAAUUUGUAAGUUGCUCAGAGUGUACAGAAUUUUUAAGCAGA